UCAACAAAGGAAGAGGGAGAGAAACGAACUGUAGCCAAAGUGGCUAGCUAGCACAAAAAAGGGGAAGAGAGAAAUGGGGCUGUCAUGAAACUUUAAGGAAUGUUUCUCUCAUCAAACUGGCAAAUACAGCUGAGGAAAACCAGCCUCGGCAUUUCGCGUGCAUGAGAUGAUGACAGACCACGAGCAGUGGGUGUUUAUGUAGUUAAGCAGCUCUUGUUCGUGCGAGGGAGCUGUUACUGGAUUAGCUUAGCAGCUAGCAGUCUAUUAUUAGCACGCUAAUGCUAAAUGCAACCCUCUUCGUCAGAUUUACAGACACGUUCAACCCAGAUCUUUCUGAAGCAGGAAAUGGGGAUUAAACCCUUUUUAAAGUGAUGAUGAAGGCUUUGGCGUUCACAUGAUUGACAUUUCCCAGUCACAUGACCAGACUCUUUGGUUAGCAUCCUUUGGUCAGCAGAUAGGAAUGUCCCAUGCUGACUGACUGUACCUGAUUGGGUGUACAAGGAUGAAGAAGAUCAGUCUGAAGACGAUCAGAAAGUCACUUAGCAUAAAGGGCAAAGAAGAUGGGGAUUUCGUCAUGCUCCAGCAGCCAUCAUUAACGGCCGAGUUCACCAAGGAUGACUCUCUCUUUGGAGGCUGUUACACCAAAGGGCUGGUAGGUUGCAAUCUUAAUGGAGAGGAAGAGAAGGGUCAUAAGAACCGAUCGAAGAGCGAAAGUCUUAUGGGCACUCUAAAGAGGAGACUAUCUACCAAACAGAAAGCGAAAGUCAAAGGGGGCUCCACCUCGGUGGGCUCUGGAGAUGAUGAUGACACGUUCUCUUCCUCGUCAGUCCCGAUAAGCUUUAAUGAAGUCAAAGCCCAGCGGCCCUUAAGAUCCUCGUCCCUCCGAAGCCAUCAUUACAGCCCUUCUCCAUGGCCUUUCCGCCCAGUUGUCUCUGAAGAGGCUUGCAUCAAGAUGGAGGUGAAAGUCAAAGCUAUGGUCCACUCCCCAAAUCCCAGUCCCUCCCUCAAUGGCAUCAGAAAGGAGUUCCGUGACGUCCAGUUAGAAGGUUUGUUCCAGGAUCAGAGCGAGUCUCUGAAGGACAUGGAUGCUCAGAGUGGCAACUUGCGUUUGAACAUUGAGGAUCACGUGCCUAUUGGACUCACACCUCAGGACUACAUCCAGUACACAAUGCCUUUAGAUGAGGGAAUGUACCCAAAUUCAUCCCAGUCCUUCUGCUUGGAUGGUCCCUCUCCAAUGGAAGUGGUCGAUCAGGGCCCGGAUGACCAUGAUCUCAUGCCAUCGGACAUUCUCAUGGAGCAGGCGGUGAGCGGACACCUUCCUGGUACUCCAGCGAUGGUCCUUUCCAACUCCAGAGCUGACACACCUUUAUUUUCUCCCUCCCUGUCACCUCUUUCCAACAACGAUAUUCCAAGGACCCUCUCGGGGUUCAGUGGUGCAGAUUCUCAUGUUGUCGAGAGAGUGAGGCACCACCUGAACUUUGACCCCAAUUCCGCUCCUGGUGUUAGCAGGGUGUACGAUUCUUUCCAAAGCAGUGGACCCAUGGUUGUAACGAGCCUUACGGAGGAACUUAAAAAACUGGCCAAGCAGGGUUGGUACUGGGGACCUAUAACUCGAUGGGAGGCUGAGGAGAAGCUCAUCAACCUUCCAGACGGCUCGUUUUUAGUGAGGGACAGUUCAGACGAUCGUUAUCUCCUGAGCCUGAGCUUUCGGUCACAGGGAAAGACGCUUCACACCAGGAUCGAACAUUCGAAUGGCAGAUUCAGCUUUUACGAGCAGCCUGACAUAGAAGGUCACACUUCCAUCGUAGAUCUCAUUGAGCACUCUAUAAAAGACUCUGAAAACGGCGCGUUCUGUUACUCCAGAUCCCGUCUGCCGGGGUCCGCCACGUACCCCGUUCGCUUGACCAAUCCUGUCUCGCGGUUCAUGCAAGUCCGUUCCCUGCAGUAUCUUUGCCGCUUUGUCAUCCGACAGUACACGCGGAUAGAUUUGAUCCAGAAACUGCCUUUACCAAACAAAAUGAAAGAUUAUUUGCAGGAGAAGCACUACUGAAUGGACUAUAGUGGGAUAUGGUAGUAAAUUGCACUUUUUGUUGAAUGGCGCAUUCUUAAAACAGUUUACAUGGAGGUCAGGUGAUCAGUUGCGUAGGUUGACUAUCCGAUCUUCCCACAUAUAUAUGUGGUUAAUUUGUUGUUGCUUAGAUUCAGUGUUUUACAUUUUGCAGGUCUUUUCGGAGCAACGUGGUAAGUCUAGAAACCAUUUAGGAUUGGAAUGCCAUGCCUAAUACACAUAUAUUGAUUAUAUGAAUAUUUUUUACAGUAAUACUAAUACUCUUAUCAUAGCUUGGAUUUGAGGAUUGGAUGUUGCGUUAAUGUGCUUCAUUCAUCAAUAGUUUUGCUGUAGCGAAAAGGUGGGGUCACAUUAGCGAAAUUUCUGCAAUUUUUUUUUUUUCGCAAAAGAGGUCUGUUUUCAGUGGUGAAGCACAGCUAACAUAGAAAUCACUUUCAAACAAGCAUCUUUCUGUUGGACAGUGUGGCGAAUCUGUGAAAAUUGUGUGAGGAAAUCUUUCGCAAUUCCCAGUCGUGUCAAUUCCUAUUGAAAUGACUGGGUUUUCUGUCAUGAAAAAAAUUAACGAAACAAUGAUGAAUGUGAUCGCACCUUUACAGCAAAUUUGCUUUUCUCUGGAAAUAUGAUGUCAGCCAUGUUUUUGGCAUGUUUUGAUAGUUUUCCUUCUACAAAUCGGUACUUUUAAUGAAACUUGCCAAUAUGCUGGAUGACUGAAUUUUGGUGGAAUACAGUUAUCAUGUCAAAUUACAAAUGAUUAAAUGUAAAUGUAAACGAAUGCGUCAGUUCGAUAUACAACUUUUGUAAGAGAUGAAGUAUUUAUUUGGGAUUAAUGUUCUACAUUUAUUAGAGGUUAACAUUAGGGCCUUUCUCACCGAUUUAGUUCCAGAACUAAAUGUACAGUACUAAAGUACUGGGAAGAUUUUGCGUGAACUAUUUCCCAGUACCAUAUAAAGAGUUGCAUUCGCACCGACAGUGUGUACUAGGACGUGACGUAAGCCGGUCGACAAUGAUGUAAUUUUUGCGUGUGUUCAACAAUGUUAACAUAGAAGAACAACUUUAACAUAGAAGAACAACGUUAACUACAGGUGGAUGGAGGACGCUGUGAUCGGAGCUGUGUUUUUGUUGUUUCUCGUGGGUUUUCACAAUAAUGGACAUGGAAUGUUGACAUAUACGUAAAGCGAUUGAAAGAAGGGAAAGGAAGACUAAAAAUCUCCAACGACAACUGGCUGUGCUACAUUUGCUACAAGUGCCUCCACUUCAGCAUCCAUACAUUAUCACUGUCCACCAUACUUUUGAAAUAAGUUGACACAGUGUUUACAGUAUGUUACACAGCGUUUUAAAUCAUGGCGGCUGAGGGCGUUUUCGAACACGUUUGGCCAAUCAAUGUCUACUUACAUAAUGGAUAGUACCAGUUGUGCUGGUUAGACCCUGUCCGGAGUAGGAGCUACCAUAUUUUCCAGACUAUAAGUCGCCCUUUUUUCAUAGUUUAGCUGGUCCUGC